AUGAGCGACAACAACCCUCUAGUUCAGAGACGACAGCAACAGCACCAACAGACUACUCAUUAUAUCCCGGCAGUACCUUUACCGAAAUAUCCAAAUUUGACAACAUUCUUUGAGGCAGAGAUCAUUGGAGACAAGUAUUCAUUCCUUACACGUAAAUGGGAGUCGGAUGAGACGGUUGAUAGGGAGCAUUGGACUCAGUUCUCACCGGCAUUCGAUCAGUAUAUACAAAAGUUCAAUAAGGAUGACUUUAAGCCAGACUUUUCAAACAGCGACUAUCUGUUCAUGCGUUGGAAGGAGUACUUCUUGGUGCCCGAUCAUACAAUCCGAUCGAUCGAGGGUGCUUCAUUCGAGGGCUUCUAUUACAUCACGUAUCAACGCUCCACCGGCAUCAUUCAAGGCUUCUACUAUCACAGAUCUAGUGAGCGAUAUCAAUCACUAGAGUUAAGACGACAAGAUCAGCUCAGUUUCCCAACAUUCGAAUUCAAUUAA